AUGCCGUAUGACAAUGACAUACCGUAUGAUAAUGACCUGUCGUAUAAAAAUGACCUGUCGUAUGGCAAUGACAUGCAUUAUGACAAUGACAUGCCGUAUGGCAAUGACAUACCGUAUGACAAUGACAUGCAUUAUGACAAUGACAUGCCGUAUGGCAAUGACCUGUCGUAUGACAAUGACAUGCAUUAUGACAAUGACAUGUCGUAUGGUAAUGACAUGCCGUAUGACAAUGACAUGCAUUAUGACAAUGACAUGCCGUAUGGCAAUGACAUGCCGUAUUACAAUGACAUGCAUUAUGAAAAUGACCUGUCGUAUGGCAAUGACCUGUCGUAUAAAAAUGACCUGUCGUAUGACAAUGACAUGCCGUAUGACAAUGACAUGCAUUAUGAAAAUGACCUGUCGUAUGGCAAUGACAUGCCGUAUGGCAAUGACCUGUCGUAUGACAAUGACAUGCCGUAUGACAAUGACCUGUCGUAUGACAAUGACAUGCCGUAUGGCAAUGACAUGCAUUAUGACAAUGACAUGCCGUAUGACAAUGACCUGUCGUAUGACAAUGACAUGCCGUAUGGCAAUGACAUGCAUUAUGACAAUGACAUGCCGUAUGACAAUGACCUGUCGUAUGACAAUGACAUGCAUUAUGACAAUGACAUGCAUUAUGACAAUGACCUGUCGUAUGACAAUGACAUGCCGUAUGACAAUGACAUGCCGUAUGGCAAUGACAUGUCGUAUAAAAAUGACCUGUCGUAUGACAAUGACAUGCCGUAUGACAGUGACAUGCAUUAUGACAAUGACCUGUCGUAUGACAAUGACAUGUCGUAUAAAAAUGACCUGUCGUAUGACAAUGACAUGCCGUAUGACAAUGACAUGCAUUAUGACAAUGACCUGUCGUAUGACAAUGACAUGCAUUAUGACAAUGACCUGUCGUAUGACAAUGACAUGCCGUAUGACAAUGACCUGCCGUAUGGCAAUGACAUGCAUUAUGACAAUGACAUGCCGUAUGACAAUGACAUGCCGUAUGACAAUGACCUGUCGUAUGACAAUGACAUGCCGUAUGGCAAUGACAUGCAUUAUGACAAUGACAUGCCGUAUGACAAUGACAUGCCGUAUUGCAAUGACAUGCAUAAUGACAAUGACAUGCCGUAUGGCAAUGACAUGCAUUAUGACAAUGACCUGUGGUAUGACAAUGAUAUGCCGUAG